UGCGUACCCUCCCCAAAACCUUUACUCGAUGCCUCUUCCAGCUGGAAACAUCUCAUUCAGCCAGCAGCAAAGUGCUCGCUAGACUGGGCGCCACAUCUUUUUCCUCCGUAUGCCUCAACCGUACGCGCCACUUCCACCACGGUGCACGUGCCUGACGCCGUGAAAGCCAAGCAUAAUCACGCCACCCACUGGACCAUUGAACGUGUGGUGUCCGUGGCGAUGCUGCCCGUGCUCCCGGUGGCUUUCCUCACGGACAACAUCGUGAGCAACUACAUUCUGAUCCUUCUGACGGCAGCGCAUGUGCACUGGGGAUUGGAGGCCAUCGUGAUUGACUAUAUGCGACCGCGUGUGGUGGGCCAAGCGGGAUACUAUGGAAGUCUGGGAUUUGUUUACAUUUUGUCGUUUGCCACCUUGGCUGGACUGCUCUACCUGAACUACACACAAAUGCCCGUGACCCAGGCAGUCAAAAAAGUCUGGAAGGCUUUGUAAUUGAGAUUUAUGAGCAAAGUUGGUUUUCUGUCCGUAUUAGGGUUGCUUACAAUUAUUAAUGUCUUUUGUUCUAUUUAAAGAUUUAUGUAAUGAUAAUUCAUGAAUUCUGACGCAUUAUUGUAAAAGCAUCGUGUGUACCGUAAACACGAAAUUCGAUAAUACGUAUCCAUUUAUGCAAUGCUAGUAAAGUUGUAGCGUUCAUGUGGAACAAUUUUUGGCUUACUGUAUUAUAGCAUAUUAAA